GUGCAGUUAAAGUUGUUUCUCUAACAGAGAUAUUGAUCAAGAUGGACAUUGUUUCAAAUGUAAAAUCAAAAGAAAACAGUGUAGAAGAUAAUGAAAAUAUUGUUCAAAAUAAUAAGAAAGAUAAUACAGAAAAAUUGAAUAAAGAUGACAACGAACACAAUAACGGAACAGAUGAUAAGAUAUCGCAGCAAAAUAUGAAAGUGUUGCAUGAUUCGGAUGUUGAAUGUCAAUCAAGCGAAGAAGAAAACAUUGAAACAAUAAGCGGAAAGGAAGCGGAGACUAGAUUUUUGCUUUGGUAUGAAGGCAUACAACGUAGGGAGGAAUGGUACAAAAGACGAAUUGAAGAAUUGGAAAAACUUGAGGAAAAAUAUAAACAAACAAUUGCAACUUUAAAAAACAAUGAUGAAAAAUUACAACAGAGAUACUCUAAGGCGUUAAUUGAAAUCAAAGUGCUAAGAAAAAAGAACAUGCUGCCUUCAGAUGAUAAGGAAUUCGUGGAAUCUUAUAUAUCCCUGUCUGCUGAAAGAGAAAAUUUAAUUAUAUCUUCUCGUGAAAAUAGUGACACGAUCAAAAAGCUUAAAAAGGAAAUGCUUACUAUGAGAACGAGGUUAAAUUCAAAUCAUGCAAGAAACCCUGCACUUCGAAGCGUUUCAACUCAAACAAAAAUGGACAAGUUUCCAACACAUUACUCACAGAGUGUCAAAACUGAAACUGAUGGAAAUAACACUCUCCUGAAACAUCAAGUUAGUGAAGCGAAACAAUUUGGAGGAGGACAAAUUGUCAGAUCUAAAGCAAACUUUACUUAUUCAGCCUCGUAUUCAAACGAAAAAGUACAGGGAAAAGAAAGAAGGGAGCAGGUUAUUGAAAAUAACGUUAGGAGAAAUCGGCAAAGAAACAAAGAAAGUGAACCGAUUUAUUUUCCAGAUAUACGACAGAAGCCAGAUCACAUGAUGUGGAGAUAUUAAAGAUAUUGACAAAACAAAUAUGAAAAAAGAUUUAUGUCCAUAAGGGAGAUAACAACUGAACCUGACAAAAAAAUCAGUGUGAUAUCAAUUUGAAAAAAAAGUGUUCAUGGUUUUGUUGUAUAUGAACCCAUACUAGCCUGGAAAUAACUUUUAGAUAGACAUACAUUUAGCAAAAAAUCGUCCUACUGGCUAGGGAUAAGUGAUUCUACAAUAAAGCAUGUAUGUCAUUCGAUUUCUAUUCAUCUUGAUCACAUAUAUACGGCUCCGUAUAAAACGGGUUUUAACGACCCUGCAUAUAUUUUGAUUUGACGUGCAAAAACAUAGCGUAAAGACGCGCUAAAUGUUAGCGUCAUUCUAUAAUCACAUCAAUAAUAAAGUUAUACAUUUUCAUCAUUUUGGAUAUGUGAUAAACAGAAUACUACCGUGUAGCUUCAUUACUAAAAUUUAUUGAACUCGUUGAAUUAAAGAUUCUUCUGCUCGCCAGGGGCUCGCAUGAUAUAAUUCUAUUGGACUCGUUCAAUAACUUCAUUAUUAAUCAAUCAUUAUAUCUUUAAGACAAAAUAGAAUAAACAUGCCAAUAAAGCUGUUAGCCGAUUACAUGGUAAUGUAAAAUGAAUAUUUUUCUGAUUACUAGGGAGUGUGGUAAAUGUUAGUAUUAGACACUAUUAUUAUAUCAAACUAGAUGAUCCUAAGAAUAUCUUCAAUUAGACUUUAUGGUUAUGGCUUUUGGCCUAGCUUUAUACAUGUACUGGUUGAAAAAGCUGCUAUAGGUUAUAAGCUCAACAAACCCUAGAGAUGCUAUUAUUUCAUACAGAUAUAUUUAAUUUUAUUUUGUUUUUAAAACUUGUUUUUUUUUUAUUUGACACGAAUGAUAAAAGAAUAAAAAGCUGAACAAAAAGGUUUUGUUUAAAAAAUAAUCGAAACACUUCUCCCAGUAUGAUAUCAGAUACAUAAAUCUGUUUCCCAUUGUAUAUGUAAAUGGUUUAUAGCACAUUGUUCAAAUAAUGUUAAAAAGUAUUAAUAAUUCAGACGAGUCUAUGAAAACAACCGAUUACAUGCCUGACAAUAAAUGUUAAAACCGCUGGUGGCAGGAGCCUGUAGAGCUAUUUUAUCUAAAUCAAUGGAGCCAAUAAAAAAUAUUGAAUAGAGCACUGAUAUAGACGUACAAUGAUUUUUAAAUGAGGGAUUGACGUGGUGAUUAGGAGCUCUGUUACAGAUAAAUUGACUAUAAAUAUUUGAGAAUACGCCUUUGGUAGUUUU